UUUUUUUUUUCUUCCAGGUUUUUUUUAAAGACCCAUUAUUAAAAUAGUUGUUCUGUUUGCGAAGGAAAAAAAAAACUAGUUCUUCUAUAAUACAAUAUAGCAGCAUCCGCUAGUUGAUAUUUGCGGCCUUUUCUCUCUCUCUCUCUCUCUCUCUAAAUUGGAGUCAUCUUUCUUUCUUUUCCUCAAAAAAGCUUCAAUCUUUCUAAAUUUAGAGCCUCUUUUUUCUUGCACAGAGAUACAAAUAGAAUAACAGAGUGACAGUUUUCAAGUUCUUUUUGUUGAUUAGCAGGUUAUGUGCAAUAACCACUAGGGCAUGAAAAUCUCCAAAAGGCUUGACUUUGAGUCCUCCAUCCCAGCUCCACCAUUGUUUAUAGUUACUCUGGUUUUCCAUUUAGCUACACUCGUAUUUUAUCAGCCUUUAUGGAAUUAACAGAGUUAGAGAGCUGAAAGAUGGAGAGGAACAGAUUGGAUUUAAGAUUUCAUCACUCUGGAUCAAUAGAAUCAGAGGAGUCUGCUCUAGACUUGGAAAGAAAUUGCUGCAAUCAUUUUAAUCUGCCUUCAUCUAGUCCUUCACCUCUUCAACCCUUUGCAUCUGGUGCUCAGCAUUCUGAGAGCAAUGCUGCCUACUUCUCAUGGCCUACUUCAAGUCGAUUAAUUGAUGCUGCAGAAGAUAGGGCAAACUAUUUUGGAAACUUACAGAAAGGGGUGUUGCCAGAAACUCUUGGCCGGUUGCCAUCUGGGCAGCAAGCAACCACGUUACUUGAGUUGAUGACUAUUAGGGCAUUCCAUAGUAAAAAACUGCGUAGGUUUAGUCUUGGUACAGCAAUUGGAUUCCGUAUUCGACGGGGUGUCUUGACAAAAAUACCAGCUAUUCUCGUCUUUGUCGCUCGAAAAGUUCAUAGGCAAUGGCUUAGCCAGUUUCAAUGUCUACCUGCUGCUCUUGAGGGGCCUGGAGGCGUGUGGUGUGAUGUAGAUGUUGUGGAAUUCUCAUAUUAUGGUGCACCUGCAGCAACCCCCAAGGAACAAUUAUAUACUGAGCUUGUAGAUGGCUUGAGGGGAAGUGAUCCAAUCAUUGGUUCUGGUUCACAGGUUGCCAGCCAAGAGACAUAUGGAACACUGGGUGCUAUUGUGAAAAGUCGAACAGGAAAUCGGCAGGUAGGUUUCCUCACAAAUCGGCAUGUUGCAGUUGACUUGGACUACCCAAAUCAGAAGAUGUUUCAUCCUUUACCACCCAGCCUUGGACCUGGAGUGUAUCUUGGUGCUGUAGAGAGGGCAACCUCAUUUAUUACAGAUGUCCUUUGGUAUGGAAUCUUUGCUGGUAUAAAUCCAGAAACAUUUGUGCGAGCAGAUGGAGCUUUUAUUCCUUUUGCUGAAGAUUUCAACAUGAACAAUGUAACUACUACUGUAAAAGGUGUAGGUGAGAUUGGUGAUGUUCAUAUCAUAGACUUGCAAUCUCCAAUUAGCAGUCUCAUUGGGAGGCAAGUCGUCAAAGUGGGAAGAAGCUCUGGCUUGACCACUGGGACAAUAAUGGCAUAUGCUUUAGAGUACAAUGAUGAGAAAGGGAUCUGUUUCUUUACUGAUUUUCUUGUUGUUGGUGAGAACCAGCAGACUUUUGACCUUGAGGGUGAUAGUGGAAGCCUUGUACUAUUAACGGGUCGGAAUAGGGAGAAGCCACGGCCUGUUGGGAUCAUUUGGGGUGGGACUGCUAAUAGGGGUCGGUUGAAACUCAAAGUUGGCCAACCCCCAGAAAAUUGGACUAGUGGAGUUGAUCUUGGGCGUCUUCUGGACCUUCUGGAACUCGAUCUCAUCACAACCAAUGUAGGGCUUCAAGCUGCUGUGCAAGAUCAAAGAAACGUUUCUGCAGCAGGGAUUGAUUCUACCGUUGUGGAGUCAUCUCCCCUGGUCCAGACUCUAUCUAAAGAUAAGAUUGAAGAGAACUUUGGGCCAAUUAAUUUGAACAUCCAGCAAGUUUUGGCUGAAGGCGAGUCCCAGCAAGGAGUUACACUGCCAAUCAUGCAUAACGAGUAUCGAGCAGAAGAUAGGGUCAAAGCAGCUCCUAACUUGGAACAUCAAUUUAUUCCAAGUUUCAAUGGAACGUCUCGAGUUCAUGAUAACAACAAACGGGAAAACCCAGAAUCUAGAAAUCUUUCUGCAUUAAGGAAUGGCUCAGAUGAGGAGAUUUAUGUCUCACUGCAGUUAGGUGAGCCUGAACCAAAGAGAAGAAAACAUUCGGAUUCCUUGCGUAGCAUCAGAGAGUCGGAAGUGAAAGAGUAAUGGAAUAGAGGCAAAUUGCUUGGGGGAUAUCAUCUCGUCAAAACCAGGUCACACAACUAUUUCUCUCGUAGCUUCAAAUUGCUGGGCCUUGGUGAUUAUAAAAAUGAAAAAAAUUGUAAGUAUUAAGUGUCGGACUGCAUAAAGGAGUUUGAGGUUCACCCCCAUCACCUGGGGGAAAUUAUUGUCAUUUUUUCCCCAAUCAUUUGGUUACAUUACGAUGGUAGGUUACAUAUAUGGUUAUACGGUCUUAGUAGAAAAAAUGCUUAGGAAGUACCUAUGCUAAAUAUUUCUUUGAUUCGUGUUACUCUGUUGAAUUGGUGUACCAUAAGCACUCCUAAAGUGGGAGUAUGAACAGAACAGCUAUCAAGAAUUAGAAACAUGGAAAAAAUGUUAGUUUGCCUAGCACAGUGGCUAAUGAAUCUACAACCUGAUAGUAAUUGGAUUCCCCA